AGCGAGUCAAAACGUCAAACGCGAAGAAAAGUGCAUCGUCGUCUGGUGUCGUCCGCGAUCGAAAGCAAAAGGAAAAUCAAAUCGAACGCGACCAUCGGAGUGUAGAUUUUCAGUCAUUUGGUUCGCAAUUAAACAUCCCCUCGAAUGGUGCAACGAUAUUGACCAAACGAAAUGAUGACGUGCUGAUCCGGAGAGUGUAAUAGAGCGAAGGGUACUCGAAGAGUUUUGUUAUCUUGGUGUUGCCCCGCGGCGCAGCUCCCCCUCGUCUUGUGGAUGUGGCGAAAGUUGAAUCUAGAGCUGCUGCGGAUCAGGGCACUGAUUGGCUCAUCGUUCACUCGCUUGAGUCAUUCUUGGUAAGCGGAACGCGAAACGAAAGAAAGCAUAAAAGAAGAAAAUUGCGACUGGCAUCGCGUACUAAUCAGCCCAGUAGCGGGCGUUUUUUGGCGAUUGGAAGGAAAGUUAGGAGGGGGCGACUACUCCCACGCAACUCUCGCACCGUCGUCCCCAGCUGUUACCCCGGAACGGGUCCGGGAUGGCCCUCAAGAAGGUGAAAGGCAACUUCGAGCGGAUGUUCGACAAGAAUCUAACGGAUUUGGUACGAGGCAUCCGCAACAACAAGGACAAUGAGGCCAAAUACAUUGCCCAGUGCAUGGAGGAGAUCAAGCAGGAAUUGCGACAGGACAACGUCAAUGUGAAAGCCAACGCCGUGGCCAAGUUGACCUAUCUGCAGAUGUGCGGGUAUGACAUAUCCUGGGCGGGGUUCAACAUCAUCGAGGUGAUGAGCUCGAAUCGGUUCACCUGCAAGCGGAUUGGGUAUUUGGCCGCCAGCCAGUGCUUCCAUCCGGACAGCGAGCUGCUCAUGCUGACCACCAACAUGGUGCGGAAGGAUCUGAGCUCGACCAAUCAGUACGACGCCGGGGUGGCACUGUCCGGGUUGAGUUGUUUCAUUUCGACGGAUUUGUCCAGGGAUUUGGCGAAUGAUAUCAUGACGCUGAUGAGUUCCACCCGACCGUAUCUGCGCAUGAAAGCCGUCCUCAUGAUGUACAAGGUAUUUCUCCGGUAUCCGGAGGCCCUCCGUCCGGCCUUUCCGAAGCUAAAGGAAAAACUAGAGGACCCCGACCCGGGGGUGCAGUCGGCCGCCGUGAACGUCAUCUGCGAACUGGCUCGCAAGAAUCCGAAAAAUUACCUCUCGCUGGCGCCGAUUUUCUUCAAACUGAUGACCACUUCCACCAACAAUUGGAUGCUGAUCAAGAUCAUCAAACUGUUUGGUGCUUUAACUCCGCUAGAACCUCGAUUAGGCAAAAAGCUAAUUGAACCGUUGACCAAUUUGAUUCAUAGCACCUCAGCGAUGAGUCUGCUGUACGAGUGCAUCAACACGGUUAUCGCCGUGCUGAUAAGCAUCAGCAGUGGUAUGCCCAAUCAUAGCGCUUCCAUCCAGUUGUGCGUGCAGAAGCUACGCAUCCUCAUCGAAGAUUCAGACCAAAACUUGAAAUAUCUUGGUCUUCUGGCAAUGUCCAAAAUCCUCAAGACCCAUCCGAAGAGUGUUCAAACCCACAAGGAUCUCAUCCUGGCCUGUCUGGACGACAAGGACGAAUCGAUUCGACUGCGGGCGCUGGAUCUGCUGUACGGCAUGGUGUCCAAGAAGAACCUGAUGGAGAUUGUGCGGCGUCUGCUGGGGCACAUGGAGCGGGCUGAAGGGUCCGCCUACAGGGACGAACUGCUGUUCAAGGUGAUUGAAAUCUGCUCGCAAGGAUCGUACCAGUAUGUGACCAACUUCGAGUGGUACCUGACGGUUAUGGUAGAGCUGAUUCAGUUGGAAUCCGGAUCCAAGCAUGGCAAGGUGAUUGCUACGCAGUUGUUGGAUGUGGCCAUUCGUGUCCAGGCGGUGAGAAGCUUUGCCGUUAACGAAAUGUCGAGUCUGUUAUCGAGUUAUCCGGUGUCCGCCCAGAACAGUACCAUGCAUGAGGUUCUGUACGCAGCGGCUUGGAUUGUGGGCGAAUUUGGAACGCAUCUGGACAAUCCGGAACAGACGUUGAGCACACUGCUGCAGGCCCGACAAGUGCCUGGACAUAUACAGGCCGUGUACGUUCAGAAUGCGGCCAAACUGUUUGCUAAUCUUGUUCACGAUUGUCUCGAGGAGGACAACUUGGCGGACAUCCGGAAGUAUUGUGACCUUCUGCUUGAGGGUCUCCCGGUUUAUCAGAGCUCUGGGGACAUUGAAGUGCAGGAGCGCGCCAGCUCGGCGUUUAUGAUGGUACAGAUGCUGAAGGAUAGACUAGCAGGAAGUAGUUCGGACAUUUUGACGGACAUAGCAAGCACGGUGGACGAAGCGGAGGUAUUGGGAAAACAGGCAAUCCCUGCCGAUGUAGGGGCGAUGAUACAGGAGAUCCGGGAGCUGUUCGUAGGGGAUUUGAAUCCGGUGGCGCCGAAGGCGCAACGAAAGGUUCAACUACCGGAAGGGCUGGAUCUGGACGAGUGGAUCAACGAGCCGCUGGAGUCGAACAGCGAAUCCAGCGAUGAGGAGAAGUUUUCGUUGUUUGUUGGGAACAGUGACGACCGAGAGGCAAAUGGGGAUCAUAAGCACUACAAGAAGGAACAUACGCAAGAGGAACUGGAGCGGAUUCGUGAAGCACGUAUUAUGGAGCAAACGAAUAAUCCCAAUUAUCUCAAGUCGGCCAAAAAGAAGGACGCGGGCGGCGAAUAUCAAAAUUCGACGGAAAACUAUGAGGAUAUUCCGAUUGCGGAAAUCGCUCUUGAGGUGCCUCUUCAGAUACAUUCCAACACUAAACGAUCUGAUAAGUAUCUAAUGGAACAACAAAAAACGGGCAAAUCCAGCGGACGUAGUAAGAAAUCUAGCAGUAAGAAGUCCAAGCGGCAUAAGAAGAGCAGCAAGCAUCAUUACUCGGAGAGUGACUCCGAUAGUGACGACCCCAAACCCGUACACGUUGUAAAUACGGUAGUUGAACUGCCGGAAGGUGCAAUCAUGUCCGACACGGAAGACAAGGUGACCGAGGACCCGGACGAUCCUCACCGCGCGUUGGACAUCGAUUUGGAUGUACCCGUCGAUGAACGCCCGUCGCAUGGAUCCCGGAAAUCGGCCCCAUCCAGCAACAACAAUGGCAAUCCAAAUCUGCUAAUAUCGCGGGUACCAGAAGUGACAUCGUCUGAAAAAUCCGCAACAUCCAAACGCAAUCUCAUUAGUUCGACCGUCGAUCCGGAAGAGGGGAAGUCGUCGUCUUCGCACCGGCACCACCACAAAAAGGACAAGAAGAAGAACAAGAACAAAGAUCCGCAUCGGGAGAGGCGGCAGCAUCGCAAGAACGAAGAUCCGGAAGACACUAAACAGCAGGUAAGUAAAACAUCCUCUCAUUCUUCCAUCGGUUCGCGAACCACCGUCGAAGGCCGCCCGGUGACCCUUCUCGGGCCAGAGGUGACAGAUGAACCGAAGACGAAGAAAAAGUCCCACAAAAAGGACCACCAUACGCAAUCGAGUAUCUCCGCAAAUGGUGACCAGCAGGAGCCGAAUGAGAAAAAGCCCCACAAAAAGUCCAAGAAAUCGAAGAAAGAAAUGAAAACCGGAAUUAGCGGUUAUGAGGAAGCACUCGGUAUAUCCACCCCUAGCAAGGAAAUUAUUUAAUAGAUCCUAAAGACGGACCUGGAGCACUUCUUAAUCGGAAAACGUGAACGAAACCUCCUUUAUUGCAGAAGCCUUUUUCCCUUUCGCUCGUCUUUGCUAGAAUAUUAUCCCCUUCGCCGCCUAGGUAUCAAUGCAAGCCCCCCACAUCGAUAGGAAAUACGCCCGAAAGUACUCAUCCCCCUGGUCUUUUAAGCCUCAUAAUAGAAUGCGCGAAAAAUAAACAAUAGUUUAAAGUCGUGUAGCGGACACACGAUCGUUAUCUACGAUAGCGGCACCUAGUGGCGACUUGUAUCGUAUCGUAACACAGUCGCAUACAAGACGUUGCACUCAACUGAGUGUGAGCUGGAGAGCCAAUAGACUUCAAACCUAUAGAUUAGGGUGUCUCGGAAAAGGCAAUGUUGGAAAGGUUAACGGGAAAUCAGAAGCAAACAUAAGUGGACCAGAAGGGACCGAAAUAUUUGUUGGUUUAAGCCGACGGAAUCUGAGCCAAAGCGCUUGUCUCCAUGAGAAAUAUUUGAAUAUUUUUGAAAACAAUUUACAAUAAAAAAAAACUUGAUUGAAACUUGUAUAUUUUUAUUCAAUUUGUUGUUGAAUUUACAUUAGGCAAGCAGAUUCGAUCAAUUCAGUGAAAGGUAAAAUGUUUUCAACCUCCAUUCAAUUUAUUUCAAAACUCAAAAUGAAUUUGUUCAGAUAUUCUUGGUGUCAAGUGACUAGUUCAAUCCAUUUGAAUAGUCUUAGAGCGGUCUCACACUUCCUGGAAAUUUUUUGCUAGUUUUUUAAUCCCCGUAUAUUUUUGAUUUAGCUUCUUUGAAAAUGUGAGGAAACUAAUCACAUGGACUAUAUUCUCAAGCUAUGCUUUUUAACAUCAUUUGAGUUCUAAGAGAAGCCAUGAUUAAACAGAUCUUUUCUAACAUUAGGUUUUUGAGACACUCAUCUAUAGAUCUUAUAAAAAGAAAGAAAAUAAAGUCGAAUUUUAUCAGCCCAAUCCAACAGAAACAGUGAAAACAAAACUGUAACCCAGUCUAUGAAUAAGCAACUAAACUAACAGAUUUUAGGCAAGUUUUUGAAUUUAAAAAAAAGUCGGUGCGCAUAUUUGCUUUGUGCUCUACUAGAAACAACACUAUUGAAGUAAACCCGCUGUGUAAUAACUGAAUAUUGUAAAUUAACGAAAGUACGAUGUUGAAUCAGAGGAAACGUUUGGAAUCCGAGGAGAUUUUACGCCCCGCAAUGUAUGCUUUACGCAUAACAGAGGUGUUGUUAGUUCAACAACCUUUUCAUAGAUGUAACAACUGUAGUAGCAGAAGUACUAAAUAAUCAAAGCCAAGAAUCGAUCGAUCAAAUUAGAUGGCAAGGAUGAAACAGCAAGAAUAUACUUUAGGAUAUAGAAUACCGUCGAGACUGCACCGUCAUCGAUGACAAACAGAAUCUAUCAGACGAGAUUGUGAGAAGGAGAGGUAAAACAAAAUGGCAUCCACUAAAACCCUAGGUGAUGAUUGUUAAUUAAUCAGUAAUUACAUUGCAUAUGAUCAUUAUACUAUUAUUAUUAUUACGAUUAUUACUAUUAUGAAGCAGGAAAGCCGUAAAUAUAUAAUUUAUCUAAUAAUUCGUG